UUGUAGAUCAUAUGCUUUAUCGUGACCACAGGCACAUUAAUUUGACGAUCAUGACGAGCUAAAUCAGUUGUCACCUCCCUUUUCCCCUUCGUCCUUAUGUAUGUCUAUUAUUUAUCGUAAUUAUUCGUUAUACUGUCGAGUGAGAGGCGAGUCAACAUGUUAUAACUUGUCUGUAACAGUAGAGUAAUCUUAAAUUGCUAUCCUUGUGCCUUCGCAACAAAAAUAAAAAGGACUUUUGCAAACGCGUUUAAUCUGACGAUGUUUACACUUCACAUCGCGAGCGCUGCAUGCCACAUCGCAUAACCUCCGGAAUACAGUGCGCGAUACAAUUUAAUUCUAUUUUAUUUUACUCAUACGAAUUGCUUCUCCUCAAAAGCCGUGUAACGAUGGCAGGACGUUACGAUAAAUUAUCUUGGACGGAAGUACGAGAUUUGCUGAGAACUUGGAGGGAAGAUUCUGAGCGGCGGAGCAAAGAUGUAGUGGACUUUUGGGAAAAUACGUUAAAAAGAAAAGUCGAUCAUUUGGGCAAUGAAAAAUAUCUGGUUCUGGAACAAGUAUUUCUAGCUGCAUUGGAUUGCUACCGCUUACCAGUAGCUGAUUACUGCAUUAAAGCUUUAAUGCGUGCGUUUCCUGGCAGUUUGCGGGUUCACAAAUAUCAUGCCAUGCAAUUGGAAGCUCUAGAAAUGUACGACAAGGCAAUGGAAGUUCUGGACUCCAUUAUAAAAAGAGACGAGACCAAUGCCGCACCAAGGAAACGUCGUGUUGCUAUUUUAAAGGCCCAAGGGCGUAUUCCAGAAGCAAUCAAGGAACUCGCAGAAUAUCUGAAAAGAUUUAUGAGCGAUCAAGAAGCAUGGCACGAGCUGUGUGACUUAUAUUUGCAAGAACAGGAGUAUUCCAAGGCAGCUUACUGCAUGGAGGAGCUUAUACUGCAUAAUCCACAUAGCCAUCUAGUUUACCAAAGAUACGCGGAAAUAAAAUAUUCUCAGGGAGGCUUUGAUAAUAUGGAGUUAGCAAAAGCAUACUUCUGCCAAGCUGCAAAAUUAAAUCCAAAUAAUAUCAGGGCUCUAUAUGGCUUGUUAUUAACAACAAACAAUAUUGCGACAUCAUCCAAAUGCUCGGCGUCUAGGAAGAAGGAAGUAAUGAAGCUGAGCGAGUGGGCCAGCAAAGAAAUCGAGAAACAGUACGAAAGUAAAGUUUCGAAUGAAGACGUUAAGAAUGUAGAGCGUUUAUUAGGACAAUUGCAACUUGAAGCUUAGAUACUAUAUUUAAGUUUUAAUACUAUUUAAGACAAUUUGUAUAUCUGAAUGUUGUAACAUAUGUAAAUGAAUACGUGCAUGUGUUAAAAGGCAUAAUAACAUGAUUUCCGAGGAAUCCACUGUGCACGAGAAAUGUUGAGCACGGGUUUUUAAUUGUGCACAGAAAGAGAAAGAAGUAACGAAAAAAUCUGAUCACGAUUGAUAACGCUUGCGAGCAGUAUUAGUUUCCCCGAUUACGAUAUACAUCACUUCGUUUUUCGAUAAUAAUUUUGUUCACGUUCAGUGUCAGUCACGUAUGAUGCAAUAUGUUAAUGUACUAGUUAUCGAACAACUAGUAUUAAUUAGUUAAAUAAUUUAACUGGGCUCUCCGUUUUCAUGCUUGAAAAGAACACUAUACAUGAUUACUUUCUAGAUACACAUUCGUGUUCCAUAUUUUAUUGUAUAUGUUAUCAAAUAAAUGUAACGAUUGAGUUCA